AUGACUGCACGUCUCCAUGUUGAAGGCCCCUCCAGUCCUCUGGUGGUCCCGCUGGGGGGCGCUGUGCUGCUGCCGUGUUCUGCUCAGGACCCCCUCCCUCUGGAGGGUCUCAGAGUGGAAUGGAGCAGAACAGACUCAGAGUCUGUAGUGAACGUUUUCCAGCAGAAAGAAAUCAGAGCAGAGCUGCAGAGUCAGAGCUUCAGGGGCCGAGCCGACUUCUUCCCAGAGGAGAUAUCGAGAGGGAACUUCUCCAUCUUACUCAGUGACGUCACACCAGAAGAUGCUGGAGUUUACAGGUGUGGAGUUUCCUCCAGUCAGGGCUACAGAGAGACCACAGUGGAGAUUAAACUCAGUGAGCGGUUGGUGGUGAGGGGAGCGCUCCACCCCAUCUUCACCUCAGUGGGUGAGGAGGUGAUACUGAGCUGCUCUGUAGACUCACAUAUUCCAGUCCACCAGCUGGAGGAAGUGACCUGGAAAAAACACCCAGACAUCCCAGUUCUGCUCUUUCAAGAAAACCAGACCUUCUCAGAGUUUUCUCACGAGAGCUAUCGAGAACGAGCCGAGUUCUUCACGUCUGAAAUCCCUCGAGGAAACUUCUCACUGAGGCUGAAGGACGUUAGGAUGGAAGAUAAAGGACAAUUCAUCUGUGAAGUCCACACUGCUGACCUUUCAGGACAGACCACAGUGAUCAUCCAGCAAAUAGGUUUCUCUCCUCUCCACGUUUUCAUUCUGCUGCUGUGUUUCACUUCAUUAACACUUGCUGUCGGACUCGGAGUUCCUGUUUUUAUCUUCCUACACAAACAAGAAACAGACAGACGAGCGAUGAUCAUGUAUAUUUUUCUGGUCUUUUGUCCAAACAUUUGCAUGUUCAUAGCUUUUGGACUGUGGUCGACAGAAGGAUUUCUCAGUGAGGUCGUAAUUUGUGCAGCCAUCAGUCUUGCUCGCUGUCUGCUGUUGAUGAAGACAGCUCCUUAUCUCAACACACUUCCAGAGCGUUUGGUGAGAGAAGUAAAGAUCCUGAGUGUUGUGCUUCAGUACUCAGUCAUAGUCACAGCUGUAUUCUCAGUUGAGUUUGUACAUCGUAAAGGAAUCUCUGAUGGCCUUGUGCAAAGAAUCCUAUUGUUCGCAGGAUCAACUCUGUUUGGUAUUUUGGCGGUCGUUUCAGCUGAAUUCACACUCCGGAUAUGUGCGUUUCUGUGCCUGGAAGUUUCCACCGGUGCCCUGCUGACUAUUUUUCUUUAUGAUCAGCUUGAUACACUAGAUGUGUAUCAUGUGUUACCAGCAGUCUUGCUGGGGAUGGCUCUGCUUCUCUCCCUGCAAAGACACUGCUUUCAGCAGAAACCGUUUGAACGUCUGCAUGUUGGUCUCACAUCUGCUACUGUAGCUGUACUCUGCUUCUAUAAUUUUGUAGUUUUUGUUACUGUUGGGGUUAGAAGGAGAGAUUUUGCCCAGGUGUGGACGCUUCCAUUCACUGCAGUAAUGUAUGUCACUGUGUGGAUAGCAGUGGUUUUUGUGGUGCGACGUCAGCAUGAAAAUAAAAAUCAAACAUGCUCUAAAUGGAGAGGAACAGGAUAUGUGUGCUGCGCUGUCGGUGUAUCAAUAAUUGUCACUAUAAACGGGAUCAUCUAUCUUCAUUUUCUAAGAAAACAAAUGACGGCUAAAGAUUAUUCCGGAUACAUGGCUUUAACAGCACUGCUGCAUGUUUUGCCCCCUGCAGUUCUAUUUGAUCACCCGAGAAACAUUCCGAAGCUUCCUCACAUCAUUCUUCACCUGUUUGGAUCUUCAGGAUUAAGUGUUGUAACGUCCCUCACUCUGGCCUUGGAACUGAUCUUGAAAUCAGGAACUGGACUGAGAACUCUGCCUGAAAUGCACAUCAUCAUCCUGCCAUUCGAAUCACUCUUCAUUUCUGGUUGGAUUGCUUUACAAAUCUAUGACACCUGGAUGAGGAUGAGAGACAGAAUAAAGAGUAACUUUGAAGCUGGAGGGGAAGCAGAUCUUCAGGUUGGUGAAGAUGGUGAAGAAAUGGAGGUUCUGUCCUCUCUGUCUAAAAGUCCUGAGUGCUGAGGAUCGUUCAGUACUGUAGAAGAACAUGUUCCACUGCUGGAGAUCUGAACAACCUGAACACAGUCUCACUGAUAAACAUCUCAUACUUACUAAAAGAAGAUCACUUAUGUAAAUAAUACAGUUUUUAUUCUUUAUUCAGCAUCACAGUGUCCUUCAGAAUGUUUAUAAACAGUACAUGGCUGUACAUUAAUCAAUAUUUUUGUACAUUUAAGUUGGAAACGUCCAGUGAGCACUGAGCUCAGAUGUGUUACUGAAACUGUCCUGAAUAUAAGUUUGAUUAUUUCUGUUUUGCUCAUAAAACUCAACAUAUCAUUACAAUAAACACAAAUAAGCAAAUACAGUAAAAAUAAUGUUGUUGAUAAAGUCGUUGAUAUCUUGUGAGUUAAAUUGAAGAUCAAGUUUUAAAUCCAAAUUUCUCUUGGAUGCAUCCACCCGUCUCAUUGAUUUAUUAAAUUCCAUCUUCAGCGCCCUUAAUUUAUCAUAACAAAGUAACCAAACUAAGAUAACUAUAAAAAUGAUUUAUUCCAGUAUUAGUUUAACUUCAACUUUAUUUAAUUUGUUUGGCAUCACUUGGACUGUAAGAAGCAGAAAACGGUAAACCAACUUCCAAGACUGAACUUUUGUUAAAAAUAUCCCUGUGACUGUAUUUUUUGUGACUGCAUUAUUUGUUGUCUUUUCUAUAGUGAGCUGUAUAUUAAUAUGUUCGCAGCUACAUAUAGCAA